UACUGCGCGGGUGGUCACACUUAUUUGUAUUUGCAGAAAAUGUAAUGUGGAUAAUAUUGUCGGGGAAAAAUGAGUAAACCAGUGAGUAAAAUCAAGGAACCGGCUCCACCUGCCGCCAGCCUGAAGAGGAUUAGCGAAAAGAAAUUGGAGGCUUUUACCGUGGGCACCUUCUCCAAACGACAAUUGUCCAAGAAGGAGAUCGAGGAGCAGAAGAAAAAGGAGGAUGCGGCGGCAGCAGCACAUGCCUUCAAAGAGUUCGUGGAGACCUUCCAGGAUGCACCCACUCCCUCCUCCAAAGUCUGGGUCAAAGCCGGCACAUACGAUGCGGGCUCCCGGCGGGAGGACAAGUCGGAGAAGGGCAAGCUCUACAAGCCCGUCUCCAAGCUGCAGGACAAGACCACCGCCGACAAGGCCGAGGAGUAUGCCAAGACUCUGGCCUCGGAUCUGAAGAAGGAGUCGGGUCCCCUGAAGAAGAAAAACCAGGAGAAGAAAAAGAGCAACUUGGAGCUGUUCAAGGAGGAGUUAAGACAAAUCCAAGAGGAGCGCGAGGAACGCCACAAAUACAAGCACCUGGCCGUAUCCCAUGCUCCGCCAGCCCAGCAACCGGCUGCAGCGGCAGCUGCUCCAGUGCCCAGCAGCAGUGCAUCCACCACCUCCCAGGGCUCGAACAGCUCCAAAGAGGCUGGGUCCUUCGAUACCGGCGAUCCAAAUACCACCAAUCUUUACCUGGGCAACCUGAAUCCCAAGAUAUCCGAGCAGCAGCUCAUGGAAAUCUUUGGGCGCUACGGUCCCCUGGCCAGCAUCAAAAUCAUGUGGCCCCGCUCCGAGGAGGAAAAGCAAAGGGGACGCAACUGCGGCUUUGUGGCCUACAUGAGUCGCAAGGAUGCCGAGAGGGCUCUGAGGACACUAAAUGGGCGCUACAUCAUGGGCUACGAGAUGCGCUUAGGAUGGGGAAAGACUGUGCCUAUCAUGAACACGCCUAUCUUUGCCCCGCCAGCCCUGCUGGAGAUGACCCUUCCACCGCCUCCAUCGGGAUUGCCCUUUAACGCUCAACCGCCACCAAGUGAGGCUGAUGUAUUGCCCAAGAAGAACUACAAGGAAUUCGACCAGGAAGAAGACAAGGAAAACAUGGAGAGGAUACUGGCCAAAUGCGUCGUUAAAGUUCACAUCCCAACAGAGAAGGCCGUACUACAUAUCAUUCACCGGAUGAUCGAGUUUGUGAUACGCGAGGGUCCGAUGUUUGAGGCCCUGAUCAUGAUUCGGGAAAUGGAGAAUCCACUGUUUUCGUUCCUCUUCGAUAACGAAAGUCCUGCCCACAUAUACUACCGAUGGAAGCUGUUCUCCUUGCUGCAGGGCGACACGCCCAAUGAAUGGCGAGAGGAUGAGUUCCGAAUGUUCAAGGACGGACCGGUUUGGAAGCCUCCCAUUGCCAACUUCUACACGCAGGGCAUGCCAGAUGAGCUUGUUGUUGAUCCUGAUGCCCCUGUGGUGCACAAAGGAGCCUUGUCCAACGCGCAACGAGAUCGUCUUGAGGAUCUGAUCAGGCAACUAACUCCGGAACGUGCCCGCAUCGGGGAUGCCAUGAUCUUCUGCAUAGAGCAUGCUGAUGCUGCUGAUGAAAUUUGCGAAUGCAUCGCCGAGUCUCUAUCCAACUUAAAUACACUGGCUUCAAAGAAGAUUGCUCGACUUUAUCUGAUCUCAGAUGUACUCCACAACUGCACGGUUAAAGUGGCCAAUGCUUCAUUCUUUCGCAAAUCUGUUGAAAAGCAACUGUUGGAUAUAUUUGAAAACCUGCAUAAUUACUACCAAAACUUUGAGAGCCGAUUGAAAGCGGAGGGCUUUAAAUCCAGAGUCUGCAAUGUAAUUCGCACCUGGGAGGAAUGGACAAUAUAUCCCAAGGAGUUUAUGGCUCAGCUGACGGCCAAGUUCCUCGGAAAACAGUACAUCAUGCCGGUCAGUUCUUCACCUCAAGCCGAGGAAACGCGCUCUGAAGAGGCUCUGGACGAAGAUAUAGACGGUGCCCCGCUCUCGGGAGAGGAAAAGGACGAUGAAGAUCUUGACGGAGUGCCACUGGACGGAGCUGCUUUGCUCAAGAGCGCCUUGAUGCGAGCUAUACCCGAAGUUGAUGUUGCGACACCUAAGCGUGAAACGCCCAGAAGAGAUGAAUACCUCGAUGAAAUCGAUGGCAUACCUUUUGACGAGGACCUCGAUGGUAUACCACUGGAAAAGGAUGCCAAGCCUACGUCGAAAAUGCCCGGCUUUAUACCCUCAAAGUGGGAGACAGUUGACCCCCAGCAAGUAGAAGCGCAGGCGAUUACUACCAGCAAAUGGGACACCCUUGAUCCACCAGAUCCUCCUAAGUUCUUUAGCUCGGACGAUGAGAGCGAAGAUGACAACCCGCAGAAAUUCAGCGACGAGAAGAGACAGAAGUUAAGAGAAAUUGAACUGAAAGCCAUUCAGUAUCAGGACGAACUGGAGUCUGGUAAACGGCGCUUAGAGCCCGGUUGGACUGUGCCCGAGCAAGUGGAAUACUUCCGCAAGCGAUUGCUCAAACAGGACUCGAGAUCUGAAACCACGGUGGACUCUCCUCUGAGCUACAUGCACACCAAAUCAAAGGGCUCAAAGGUCAGUGAGAGUGCAGCCCAGUUCAGCAACAGUUCGCGCAAACGUUCGCACUCGCCGUACUCCGCUGGAGAAUCGAAACGCCGCGACUACUCGCCAGAAACCUCCCGCUCCUCAAAGUCAUCUAAGCGUAAUCGAUCGCGAAGUCCGUCCGGAUCUUCUCGCAGUUCCCGCUAUGAGAGCCCUGCCGCAGGUUCGUCGUCCCGAUCACGCAGUUCCCCAACCACCUUCUCCUCAAGAUCCUCGCGAAGGGAAGAGCCAUCUUCUCCAAGACACCGUAGCGACAAGCACAAGCACAAGCAUAGGCACUAGAAUUUGCACUUCGGACGAUUCGCAUUUAAUUAAACAUUGAUUCUACAUAAAAA